CAACAGCGCCUCCUGCUGAAGAAUCCUCAGCCUGUCUCUGGAGCCCUGAUAGAUGUGGCCAAACACCUGGGCAACCUGAGCUUCAACAUCUGGAACAAGAUGAAGCAUCUGGUGUCCUACACUCCUGUGGUUCUGGAUCCAAACAGCGCCAACUUUGAGCUCAUCCUGUCUGAAGACCUGACCAGCGUGAGAUGUGGCCAGAAGCAGAACAUUCCCGACAACCCGGAGAGGUUCGACUUCUUCCGCAUCGUCCUGGGCUCGGAGGGCUUCAUGACGGGAACCUACAGCUGGGACGUUGAGGUUGGAGACAACACAGACUGGUUUGUGGGCGUCGCCUCGCAGGACGUCCAGAGGAAAGGAAACCAUCCCAGCCGUCUGUGGAGAAUCGGCUGCAUUGACGGUCAGUACAUGGCCCGGGCCCUGUCGGAACCGUCCACGGUUCUGGAACCGAUGGGAAAGCUGAGCCGGAUCAGAGUCCAUCUGGACUGGAACCGGGGGAAGCUGGUGUUCUUCGACCUCAACACCAACACACACCUUCACACCUUCACACACUCAUUCAGUCAGAAACUGUUCCCCUACCUGAACACGGUGAAUGCGUCUCCUCUGAGGAUAAUACCUGAGAAACUCUGCCUGAAGUCCAGUUAGAGCACAAAGUGGUGCUGACCCGACACGUUCGGGUCGUUCACCAGCAACACUGGAAUAUG